CGUGAAUUUAACAUCAUGUUUUCAGGCUUUUGAAAGAUAGCUUUUGUUUUGAGUUGACGUAUAGUAAACAAGGCAGGCUUUGGUUUUUCUGAGAAGACUAUACGUGAUGCUGUUAUUUGUUUUGCAUCUGUAUAUUUUAAUUAAGGAUAUUUUUUAGUAUUUAAAGUGAGAAGGAUGAAAGUUUCAUCAUAACAAAAUAUCGUUUCGAAGAUCAAUCAAGCUUUCUAAACUCACGACAUGUUUUUGACUUACGUACAUUUCACGGUACUCUUGUGUGUGUUACACUACCGGUAUGUGCACAUGUUCAGCGUAGUGGAAAGGGCGCUUGAGCUCCAACCAGUAGAUAUACUGCCGGAACCCUUACCUGUCGUGCCACCGCGCACCGUCGCUCCUCCACUUUCUGUUCCUCGGGACAACGGAACGACGCCGCAGAGCUCGAUUUCCGGGUCUCAAGACGUUCUUGAUCUGGCGUUCAUAAUGGACACAACGGGCAGUAUGUCUAGCUACAUCCACACCGCUCGCGAAAAUAUCAGGCGAGUGGUCGACGAGACUGUCCAGAGCUCGAAAACGGAUAUCCGGUUCGCUCUCGUUGAGUACCGAGACCAUCCGCCUCAAGAUUCAACAUUUGUUGUACGGACGCAUGACUUUACGUCGUCGGUUUUGGACAUGAAAUCCUGGUUGGAUCGCGCGGAAGCGAAUGGUGGCGGCGAUACACCAGAAGCUGUCGCAGACGCUCUCAAUGCCACUACAGGGCUUUCUUGGAGAAAGAAUGUCGUUAAAGUAGCGGUUCUCAUAUCCGACGCGCCUCCACACGGACUUGAACCCGACAUCGAUAAUACUUUCAAACAAGGUGGACCAAACGGUCUGGAUCCAAUUGCAAUAGCGCACGAAAUCGCAAAACUAGGCGUGACCAUGUACGCGGUGGGUUGCGAACCGGAUAUAACGCCGUACAAGGAUCUUUUCAUGGCAAUAGCGCACAUAACGGGCGGCCAAUACAUACCAUUGAAUAGCCCGCGGAAACUGAUAGACGCUAUCAUCGGCGGGGCGAAAGAAGAGCUGUCCCUACAGCAGUUCGCUACUGACGUUCGUCAGGAAGUUAAAAAAGUCAUUGAAGCUGGCGGCCAAGUCGACGAGAAACAGAUUGCCAAUAAUGUGUAUCAGAAGUUACAUAGUGCAAACGUUGAGACGACACAACUGUUGCUGAAUGAUCAGCCUCUGGAAGGGCCAACAGGUGGAGCAAUUGAAAUAGCCGCUACGCGGAACAUGUCAGAAGCGAGAAAAGUGUUCACAAAAGGCGCACCUACUGUUAGGUCAUUUGCAACGGUAAUGAGUGAACCGGUAUAUUUUGGCCGUGCCAUGGUGAUGCCCUCGCUCGUAUCAGACGGGUCAGCAAUGAUGGCUGAGGGCGAGGCAAUGCUUCCGAUAGCGGCACUAUCAGCGUCGGCAGGUGUGGGAAGCGCCUCUUGGGAGCCGGAAGUGUACACGGCCGCGAAGAAAGCGAUCAGUAUCGAGCAGGUUAACAGACUCGUGAAGAAAGAAACGGCGAAAUUGGCGCGUUGAGCAUACUGAAAAAGACUUACUUGCCAAUUGGUUUUGCCUAGAUUUGUAUAUUGUUUUUACUCAAACUGAUUGUAAUGUUAAGUCGUUCUUUCAUUGUGAAGCAUGGGCGCACUGUGUUAUUUGCUGUGGAAAUGUUCAUAUUUUAUUAACUUUGUUUUACUUUGUACUAAAACAUAUGGUCUUUUUCAUUCAUGUUGCAAUAAGAUUGUCUUAUUGGAUUAUUGUUUUUAGUGGCUCGGUAUUGUUUGCCUUUCUUAAAUAACAGAUGUGAUCAAUCGACAUUUGAACAUCUGUUGAAACAAUGUAGAAAUAAAUUAGCCGCUGAACUCUUUUUAUGAUAAUAUUUACAUGUAUAAUGCGCUGGUAAAAUUAAGCCAUCUUUGUUUGCGACAAAACGUUGACAAUAAAUUGUCGUCAACGUCAACCAUAGUAGAAGACAUAUAUACCGAGCGUUAAUUGUGUUUAAAAGGACCUACCUAAUAAACGAAUGCCUCUACGCAGCCACAUGUGUAUUUACAAACGUUACAAUAGUACGGCAUUGCGACGAUGAACCUGACAAUUAAUAUAUUUUAAAGGGACGUAGCGACUGUGUUUCCAGUAAAUGGAGAAGCAUGUUCAACUGUAAAUAAUGUUUGGCCGAAUUGUCGUACAAUAUAUAUAGUAGUCCAGAUGCGCAUGAAUUGGUCACACUCUAAAUAGCCUUAAGGUAAUUUAUUUUCAUUUUUAAUUUGAUGUUUUUGAUUUCUACUCUCUAUUUCGUAUUUCGGUUGAGUUUUCAAUAAUUUUGUCUUCAUUUGAUCAUAUUCGCUUUUUUAACUUAAUAACAAAAAUGUAUACCAAAACAGGUAUUUGAAACGUUUCUGUCAUUCAGCAUCAUUAUCAAAGUCGAAAUCACUUGUGUAAAGUAAAAAAACGCGAGAUGAGAUGUGGAAUUCGUCUUUGUUUCUUGGCCAUAUAGAUGAAUACGAUAAACGACUAGUGAGUGAGAUAAGGCUGUAUAGCAAUACAAAUACGACCGUCACAUUAUACUCUGUGUCGUGCAUAUAAUUCUUGCGAGCACAAUAUUUAAUGUUGUAUGUAUGCUAUUUGACACAAACGGAAAUGUAUGUAACAGGCAACAUGUCCUCCCAUCUAGUACGGACCAAGAUAUCCAUCAACAAUCCAGAGAUCGCAUUUUCAAACAAAUGACUUGUAAAUUCAUUGCAUACUAAAUCACCUUGCACGCGAUACUUUCAACCAAUAAAUAUGAUACACGCUAAACGGGAACUUAACCCAAGGGUUGCAUAUGACAAGAGGUGCCUAGUUGUGGUUGAGGAUGCAAGUGAACUGGAUGAAACGGAGCCUCUCUCUGGGAAAACGGUGUUUAAUGCUUAUGCGUAUUGUCAUCAUCGAUUAGCCUGUGCAGUCAGCUCUGGCUAAUCAGAGACGAUUUUUUUUUGCUGUUAUGGUAUUUUUUUGUUUCAAGUCUCUUCUUAGCAAAAAAACACACAACAGUUUAGCGGAAAGAGUCGUCCCAGAUUAUUCAGUGCGAAGGGCACAUGCUAAUCUUUGACGAGUCCGGUAAAACAUGCAUUAAGCCCUGUUUUCCCAGAGCGAGGCUUAAAUAUACAUGUACUUAACAAUGACUGGACUAGUCCGAGUCUAGCCUGUGUCAAAUUCUUUUGUUACACACCCCGUGGUUAUGAUCGGUUCAAGUUGUCAUUUAUAUUUCUACGGUUUUCUUCACUUUUUUAACUAUCACAUGUUCGUCAGAAAUCUAUAUAUGUAUACAAUGCCAAUUUAUAUUGAAACCUGCACAUAUUUUCAUUACCUAAGAAAAUAACAAAAAGUCCCGAGAUGUGGAGGAGUAAGACACUGGAGGAGUAUCCUAGUUAUUGCUUUGUAAGCAUGACCUUUAACUUUUGAUGGGCUACUUUUUAGAUUGCGUUGAAGAAAUCCUAGUACCUGGUUUGCAUUAUUAGUGAUCGAGUUAAUAUGUUUACGUUCGAGGUUACUUCGGAGUGUAAGACUUAAUUAUUUGGCGUGAUUUACAUUUUCAAGGAUGUGACCAUGCAGUUUUAAUAUAUGACAAGAUUUUAGGGUUUCUAUUUUUAUUAAAUCUUAGGAUGCUGCAUUUUUCUGGUUGGAAUUGCAUUAACUUGUCCUGCUAUUAUCGACCAACAGCUUCAAUAUCUAGCUGGAGGUUAUGGGCGUCGGGAGGGAUUGUUGAUGUUUUUGUAGACGAUGCUAUCAUCUGCAAAAAGUCUUAGAGUGCUAUGUUGUUUAUAUUGAUCACUAAUAGGAUUGGCACCAAGACACCCUGUGCGACUCCGAAGGUUACAGGCAUCUUGCAUGACAUGGUUUCCUCCAGGGUUAGGAGUUAAAUAAAACUGCACUUCCUCCACACGACCGAAAACGCUGCGUCCAUUAAUUUGUAAUCAUUAAGAUGUGC